AUUGUUAGGAGCCGACCAUUGUGUAAUAGGGUCUCUCUUCUCCCUUUCUCUCUCUAAAAAGGAAGGCCCUUCUUCUCUCUCCUCGCUCCUUAUCUCUUUUCUUUCUCCCUCUUCUGUUAAUUUAUUUUCCUUCGGGUUUUUCAUUACUUGUAAUUGAAGCUCAAUCGAGCAGUUAAGGGUGUGUUAGGUGGAAAUCAUGGCUGCUUUAGUUCAGUCGACUAAUGUUCCGGGUUUAGUGGCCGGGUUAAAGCAGGGCCAGUCUAAAAGGUCUGGCAAGUCAAAAAGGACAGUGAAGAUGAUGAGUUGUAUACAAGCACCUGGAUUGAGCAUGAGAGGUUUCUCAGGACUUAGAAGCCUUAAUGCUUUAGAUACUGUGACAAGGCCUGGGCAGGAUUUCCAUUCUAGAGUGGCAAUUACAUUAUCUUCCAGGCAACGGAAGGCUACCAGAUGUGUCCCCAAAGCCAUGUUUGAGCGCUUUACAGAGAAAGCAAUUAAAGUAAUUAUGCUUGCCCAAGAGGAAGCAAGGCGACUUGGUCACAAUUUUGUUGGCACAGAGCAGAUUCUUUUGGGACUUAUUGGUGAAGGAACUGGAAUUGCUGCUAAGGUCCUUAAAUCAAUGGGUAUUAAUCUUAAAGAUGCUCGUGUUGAGGUUGAAAAGAUUAUUGGAAGAGGUAGCGGCUUUGUUGCUGUUGAGAUUCCAUUCACUCCUCGUGCAAAGCGUGUUUUGGAGCUCUCAUUGGAGGAAGCUCGGCAACUUGGCCAUAAUUACAUUGGGUCUGAGCACUUGCUUCUGGGCCUACUUCGUGAGGGUGAGGGUGUAGCUGCUCGUGUUCUUGAAAAUUUGGGUGCUGACCCCAGUAAUAUUCGCACACAGGUUAUUCGUAUGGUGGGUGAGAGCACAGAAGCUGUUGGAGCUGGUGUUGGAGGAGGCAGCAGUGGUACUAAGAUGCCAACGCUGGAAGAAUAUGGAACAAAUUUAACAAAGCUAGCCGAAGAGGGUAAGUUGGAUCCAGUUGUAGGAAGGCAGCCACAGAUUGAAAGAGUUGUUCAGAUUUUGGGCAGGCGAACGAAGAACAAUCCCUGCCUUAUCGGUGAGCCUGGUGUUGGGAAAACUGCAAUUGCUGAGGGACUUGCCCAACGAAUCGCAAGUGGUGAUGUUCCUGAAACAAUAGAGGGGAAGAAGGUUAUAACACUGGAUAUGGGUCUUCUCGUUGCUGGCACCAAGUACCGUGGAGAGUUUGAGGAAAGAUUGAAGAAACUUAUGGAGGAAAUCAAACAAAGUGAUGAGAUAAUAUUGUUCAUUGAUGAGGUUCACACUUUAAUUGGAGCUGGAGCAGCAGAAGGAGCAAUUGAUGCUGCUAACAUUUUAAAACCAGCUCUUGCUAGAGGUGAAUUGCAGUGUAUUGGAGCCACAACACUGGAUGAAUAUAGAAAGCACAUUGAGAAAGACCCGGCCUUAGAAAGACGAUUUCAACCAGUCAAAGUGCCUGAACCAACAGUUGAGGAAACUAUUCUAAUUUUGAAAGGGCUUCGUGAGCGAUAUGAGAUCCACCACAAGCUUCGCUAUACUGAUGAGGCACUUGUAUCUGCUGCACAGCUGUCAUAUCAGUACAUCAGUGACCGUUUUCUGCCUGAUAAAGCAAUUGACUUGGUUGAUGAAGCUGGUUCUCGAGUUCGACUUCGUCAUGCACAGCUGCCUGAGGAAGCACGCGAGCUUGAGAAAGAACUGAGGCAGAUCACCAAGGAGAAGAAUGAAGCUGUUCGUGGCCAAGAUUUUGAAAAGGCUGGAGAGUUGCGUGACCGAGAAAUGGACCUGAAGGCACAGAUUUCAGCUGUUGUUGAUAAGGGCAAAGAAAUGAGCAAGGCAGAGAGUGAGGCUGGAGAUGUAGGUCCUAUUGUGACCGAAGUGGAUAUCCAACAUAUUGUCUCCUCCUGGACUGGAAUUCCUGUCGAGAAGGUGUCAACUGAUGAAUCUGACCGCCUUCUUAAGAUGGAAGAGACGCUUCACAAGCGCGUCAUUGGACAGGAUGAGGCAGUUAAGGCUAUCAGCCGUGCUAUUCGCCGAGCCCGUGUUGGAUUGAAAAACCCCAACCGUCCAAUUGCUAGCUUUAUAUUUUCUGGUCCUACUGGUGUUGGAAAAUCUGAGCUUGCAAAGGCAUUGGCUGCUUACUACUUUGGCUCAGAAGAGGCCAUGAUCCGACUUGAUAUGAGUGAAUUCAUGGAAAGACAUACUGUUUCCAAGCUUAUUGGUUCUCCCCCUGGUUAUGUUGGUUACACAGAGGGUGGUCAGCUGACUGAGGCAGUUCGACGCCGUCCUUACACUGUUGUACUUUUUGAUGAGAUUGAAAAGGCUCAUCCUGAUGUCUUCAACAUGAUGCUUCAAAUUCUUGAAGAUGGAAGGUUAACAGAUAGUAAGGGAAGAACCGUAGACUUCAAGAAUACACUUUUGAUAAUGACAUCAAACGUUGGAAGCAGUGUAAUCGAGAAAGGAGGCCGCAGGAUCGGAUUUGACCUUGACUAUGAUGAGAAGGAUAGCAGUUACAACCGAAUUAAGAGCUUGGUGACAGAGGAACUCAAGCAAUACUUCAGGCCCGAGUUCUUGAAUAGGUUGGAUGAAAUGAUUGUCUUCCGACAGCUCACCAAGCUGGAGGUUAAGGAUAUAGCAGAUAUAAUGUUGAAGGAGGUGUUCGAAAGGCUAAAGACCAAAGAAAUAGAACUACAAGUGACAGAAAGGUUUAGAGAUAGAGUGGUCGAUGAAGGUUACAACCCGAGCUACGGUGCUAGGCCUUUAAGAAGAGCCAUUAUGAGACUUUUGGAGGACAGCAUGGCUGAGAAGAUGCUUGCUAGGGAGAUCAAGGAGGGUGACUCGGUUAUUGUGGAUGUCGACGCUGAUGGUAAUGUCACUGUUCUGAACGGCAGCAGUGGCUCGCCUGAGUCGCUACCAGAGGCAAUCCCUGUGUAGAGAGAAAGAACAUCAUCUUGGCCUCUUGCAUUGCGUUAACCUUUUGCCAGUACCUCGUUUGAUUUGUUUUUCUCUGUUAGUUGGAACUCUUGCCAUAGAUCUAUAGUUCUUCUACCAUGGCUCUCUAUUGCUUCAACUUCUAGUUUCAUAUCUGAUAACAAAUACAGAGUAAGAAAAGAGAAAAAAAGAACUUGAUUUAGCGUUAAAAGUUCAAUGUGAAUACCUGCUAUCAACAGCUCUGAACUCCGUCGUCGACUUGGAAGACGACCAUUCUGGCAGGCUGUGUUGGGCCAUGUUCUUUGUUCUUCAACCAUGGCUUGUUCUUUUGUAUGAUUUUUAUUUAGGUCUUUAUGUGUAAACGUAUUAAUUUUCAAUUCAACAAUCAAAAAUUUCCAAAUGUAUUAUAACAUCAGUUUUAUAUUAGAUAAAAUUUUCAAUAAUAAAAUUUUAUUUUUAAGAA